AUGCUAUGUUUAAAUGUAAUUAUCUCUCAGAGCGUGCAGAAUCAUGCAAAAACUGUCACUGAAUUAUGGAAACCGCACAUAAUGAUUUACAUAAAGGCUCCGAUAAAGCAAAUACGUGAACGGAUAAAGAAACGUAACAUCCCUUGGGAGAUGAAUGCACGAAAUCUCACUGAUGACUUCUUAAAUGCCUAUGAAGAUAUACUUGGAAAUUAUUAUAUGGAUAAUAUGGAUCGUUAUUCUUACAUUCUUCCUGUUGAUGGCUCAGCAACAAAUGUUUAUGAUGACGACGAUAUAUAUAUUAUUGCAGAAAAUGCUUGUAAGAUCGAUUUAAGUGGUGAUCGUUUGUUACGUGACGACCUUAAAAUAAUAGAAUGGCGGAGAGGUUUAAAAUUUGGAAUGAGUAUCAAGAAUAACAGACUUGCGUUUUCAAGUGCUAAUUUGAAAUUCGCUCGGGUUUUCAACGCGGUUGAGUACCCUUUGGAUAUACCUGAACUAGUUUACGAUUACGAGGCACAGGAGAUGCAGGGUACAGCCAGGCGAUUGCCUACUAAUAAUUAA